AUUGCAUUUUACGAAAUGUCCCAACUUUUCUGGAAAUGGGGUUGUACAGUACGCAUAAAACACUUUAUGUAUCAUAAAGUGUAAUCCUGAUGUUAUUUUAGCCCAUUUUCUUAAUAUGAGGCACAGGUUGGCUGAGAUGACGGGACGUCCAAUGAGGGUUGUGGGCUGGUACCACUCUCAUCCACACAUCACUGUGUGGCCAUCACAUGUUGAUGUUAGGACUCAAGCAAUGUAUCAGAUGAUGGAUCAGGGUUUUGUUGGACUCAUCUUCUCAUGCUUUAUAGAAGAUAAAAACACAAAGACUGGUAGAGUCCUGUACACCUGUUUCCAGUCAGUACAAGCCCAGAAAGGCUCAGAGUAUGAGCGGAUUGAGAUCCCCAUCCAUGUAGUCCCACAUGAAGCCAUCGGGAAAGUAUGUCUGGAGUCUGCCGUGGAACUACCCAGAAUCCUCUGUCAAGAAGAACAGGAUACAUACAGAAGGAUUCACAGUUUAACUCAUCUGGAUCCAAUCGCAAAGAUACAUAAUGGAUCAG